AUGAGCCAUCAUCAUCGCAGGUCGACGGAUAUGGCAUUCAUCAUGGACGCCUACGGACAGCAGCCUAGCACGUCUAUGUCAUUUAUGGCGGAAGAUGACACAUGGGGAUCAGAUAGAGAUACCUCGUCACAUACCUUGUUGCCUCCAACCUCAUCACAGGCUACCGAUUCCUAUAUUUUCAAUGCUACCAAAAAUGUACCAGCCUUGGAUCCUUUGACACGUUCACUGCCAUCGCAACGGGCCUCAAACGAAACGACAAUACCAGCCUGGCAUCACAGUUCGUCAGGUAACGAGUCAGCUUUCGAUGACACAUUCACCUACGUAAUUUCACGCUCAAAAGAUUCGAGCAUAUACGAUGAUGAGGACCUGUUUACGGACAUGCAUUCAUCGUACUUGCGCCAUUCUAAUCAAUCGAGAAUCUCGAUGACGGACGAGGACAAUAUUGUCAGUCAGUAUAUCCAGCCACCGUCCUCACCAAAGCUUGUUCACCGCAGACCUACCGAGUCUAAUACGCCUGUAUUUGAACGGCAAGGACUGCGUCGCCAAAGAACGAUAAUGAGCGACAGUGGUGACUCUUUCGACAUGAUUUCUGCGUACGGAAGUGACCAAGACUCGCUUUUCAAAUAUGACGAUGACCCAUUCCGCUCUCACAAACCCAAAUGGUCUGCGGCAGGUCUAGCCUAUACCGUUUCUUCUCCCUCUCGUCCAAAGCACCUGACUGACAAGCACGUACUUCCUGCCGACUAUCACUCUGCAACGCUCGCCGGUGGACAGAUGGAUGAUUUCUUAGAGACUGAUCGCGAAUGGGACGAGACUACACUCAAGCUGCAUCAGUAUUGGUCGUUGCGUGGCACUCUCAAUGUAUCUGUGCUCAUUUUGAUCGUGUUGUGCGUCUUGAUGUUAUUUAUGGGAUACCCGGUCCUGCACGAAGCAUCCCAGCAGAAACUUCGGGAUACGCUAAAAACGCCAGUCGAUGAUCAACCUAGAUCAUUGUCAGGCCUGAGAACGUCGUUGAUUGAUCCUGAUACACCCCCCGAGGCACGGACUAGUAAAAACUCGUAUACCAAUAAGACCAUGAAAUUGGUGUUCAGUGAUGAAUUUAAUCAAGAUGGUCGAAGUUUUUACCCUGGUGAAGAUCCGUUCUGGGAGGCAGAAAAUUUACAUUAUUGGCAAACGGAAAACUAUGAAUGGUACCAUCCUUCUGCUAUCACGACAGCGAAUGGGAGCCUCGUUAUCACUCUUUCCCAACAUCCGUUGCAUAAUCUCUUUUUUCGGGGCGGUAUGUUGACAUCCUGGAACAAGUUUUGUUUUACGGGCGGAAAGCUCGAAGCACGCUUGAUUUUACCUGGUCGAAACAACGUAUCAGGUCUCUGGCCCGCGGUUUGGACGAUGGGCAACUUGGGUCGGGCAGGUUACGGUGCUUCAACAGAAGGAUUGUGGCCCUACUCGUAUGACUCGUGCGAUGUCGGCACGUUGCCUAACCAGACGUACCUUGCCAGUCAAGGAGGGGGACCGCUGGCAGCGGAAACAACAGGCCGUUACGUCGAGGACUUCGGCCCGUACUUGAGCUACCUGCCGGGUCAGCGGCUCAGUCGAUGCACAUGCCUUGACAGUACAGAACACCCAGGGCCUCGGCAUGAAGAUGGCACUUGGGUCGGCCGGUCUGCUCCAGAAAUCGAUUUGAUCGAAGCGCUGGGAAACAACGGUGAGGGAGAGCAUGGUCAGACGUCUAUGUCUCUUCAGGUCGCGCCUUUCGAUGCUGCUUACAACGUGACAGAUCCAUCGGGCCUCAUUGCCACGAACGGAAGCACGCAUGCGUCGAAGCUGAAUGAUUAUACUGGUGCAGUAUUCCAACAGGCUGUGUCAGCCAAGGUAAAUACGUCAGAUUCGGCCUACACACUCACAGAUCAUCAGUUCGACACAUAUGCAUUUGAAUACAAUCCCGGAACAUCCAAAGAUUCCUACAUCAAGUGGUUUAUUUCCAAUGAAGAAGUGUUUCGGAUUGAAGCGCAUGCCUUGGGACCGAACAAAGCCACUGAGAUUGGCGCACGACCGAUCCCGGAAGAGCCUAUGUACCUGAUUAUGAAUUUGGGCAUUUCACAGUCGUUCAACUGGAUCAAUUGGGACGUCUUGAGCGAGGACUGGAACAAUGACCCGUCGAACUACAGAAUGCUUAUCGACUAUGUCCGAGUGUAUCAAGACGAAGACAAAAUUUCUGAGGACAGCAUUUCGUGCAGUCCUUCCAAAUUUCCCACCGCGGAGUACAUUGAAAAGCACAUGGAAGCAUACACGAACCCAUUACUCACGUCCUGGGUCGAAGCACCGGAAAGAGGUGGAUACAAUCACACCUUUCCGCCGAAUGUCCUUUUGGGGCAGUGUAAAUAG